AUGUCAGGUGAUCACCCGGACGAUUUUAAAGCUGGGUAUAUAGAUUGCAAUUCACCAUCUAUAUCACCAUCACAAUCACCAGACAACCCUAACCCAACAACAAAGGCAACAACUACACUGCCAAGUACGACUAAAAAGCCAGCUGCUGUAACACCUACCCCUGCAAAGGCUUCUCCUGUCUUACCAGUUACUGAGAAACACACCACAUUGCAAUUGACAACUCGUGCGAUAGUCACCACUGCUACACCUCAGAACUCAAGCUCAAACAGCACCUCAAACAGUACGUCUUCAUCAGCUGCUCCAGUCGUUGCAAGUAAAAAUACAACCACAGUUUCACCAUCUGGUAGUGAUGUUCAAAAGCGUGACGUUUCUGAUCCAAUUCCUACAUGUAUCAUUUUCAAGUAUUUUUCUUCUAGUAAACUGAUUUUUGGUAAUUCUACUUGGAGAGCUAAUUUCUCUUGUGACGUUACUGGAAUUUGUGAGAACAUGGAAUAUCAAGAUAAUAUCAUGUUCAAUAAUACCAAAGGCAAACUGUAUUGUUGCAAAGGAAAUGACUGUAACACACGUGAUUGGUUAGACAGAGUCAAAUUUAAACCCAUUGUAAGAGAUUGUUAUACUGGUUCAAUCACUACUGAAGAGACAGCAGUUCGAUUGGAAAACACUACGUGUGCUGAAGAGAAAAGCCACUAUUGUGUUAACAUGACAAAUGUGAAGAAUGUAACAACAUUUUCCUGUGCUAAUGAUGCUUUCAAAAAAUAUUGCUUUCAAAAUGAAGGACAAAGCUGCUUUACAAAAGAGAUUUCUGGAGAGCAACAAAAGAUCUGUUGCUGCAACAGUAGCUAUUGCAAUGUACACCCGAAAUAUAUUGCAGUACCGGUACAUGUGAAUCCUGAAAUAAAAGGCAAGGCCAAGUUCAACUACAGCAUGGUGUUUUUUAUUUUGUCGCCUCUGAUUAUAGUCGGUUUAUGCAUCACUGUGAUUGUGUUGCUGGUACGAAGACGCAAAAUGAACUGGAGUCCAGAUAUGGUACAGUACACUUACAAGCGGUUAACAGCUGAUCUGGCAGAUGGGUAG